CUUGUCAAACUUCCUCUGUCAGCCACACAGGAAGCUGAGACGGCCCGGGGCCCAGUCGUAGCAAGCACGGGCCCCCAGGACCCCCGGAGAGCGCCCAGCCAAGCCGGGCCAGCCCUGCAGGGACCAUGGGAACGAGAGCUGAAGGGGGUCCCACCGCGGCGUUUGACUGGUUCUUCGAGGCUGCCCGGCCCGCCUCCCUACAGGAGGAUCCUCUCAUCCUGCGUCAGUUCCCCCCAGACUUCAGGGACCAGGAAGCCAUGCAGAUGGUGCCCAAGUUCUGCUUCCCUUUUGACGUGGAAAGGGAGCCCCCCAGCCCCGCCGUGCAGCACUUCACCUUCGCCCUCACGGACCUGGUUGGCAACCGCAGAUUUGGUUUCUGCCGCCUGCGAGCCGGCGCCAGGAGUUGCCUCUGCAUCCUCAGCCACCUGCCGUGGUUUGAGGUGUUCUACAAGCUGCUGAACACCGUGGGGGACCUGCUGGCCCAGGACCAAGUCUCGGAGGCCGAGGAACUGCUCCUAAACCUGCGGCAGCAGGCUCCGCCCGGACCCCAGGCCACACCGAGGCUGGAGCUGGGCAGCGGCGUGGCCAUCUCCAGCGGGCACGGAGCCCCGCCGCCUGCGCCCGAGAAGAGCCGGCUGCUUCCCUGCUUUGUGGCUCCUGACUCCGGCUGCCUGCCAUCCAUUCCAGAGAAUCGCGCACCCCUCUCCGAGCAGAGAAACCUCACGGAGCUGGUGGUGGCGGUGACGGAUGAGAACCUCGUGGGCCUGUUCGCCGCGCUGCUGGCAGAGAGACGGGUCCUGCUCACGGCCAGCAAGCUCAGCACCCUGACGUCCUGCGUCCACGCGUCCUGCGCCCUCCUGUACCCCAUGCGCUGGGAGCACGUGCUGAUCCCCACGCUGCCCCCACACUUGCUGGAUUACUGCUGCGCGCCCAUGCCCUACCUCAUCGGAGUGCACGCGAGCCUUGCGGAGAGGGUACGCGACAAAGCCCUGGAGGAUGUCGUGGUGCUGAACGUGGACACUAAUACCUUGGAGACGCCCUUCGACGACGUGCGGGCGCUGCCUCCAGACGUGGUGUCCUUGCUGAGGCUGCGGCUCAGGAAGGUCGCGCUAAUUCCGGGAGAAGGGGUGUCUCGUCUCUUCCUCAAAGCUCAGGCCCUGCUCUUCGGGGGGUAUCGCGACGCACUCGUCUACAGCCAAGGCCAGCCGGUGACCUUCAGUGAGGAAGCCUUCUUGGCUCAGAAGCCUGGGGCACCCCUGCAGGCCUUCCACCGGCGGGCUGUGCACCUGCAGUUGUUCAAACAGUUCAUUGAAGCUCGGCUGGAGAAGUUCAACGCAGGGGAGGGCUUCUCAGAUGAAUUCGAGCAGGAAAUCACCUGCUGUGGGGCCUCCACAGGCACCCUCCGCUCCUAUCAGCUCUGGGCUGACAACCUCAAGAAAGGUGGUGGUGCCCUCCUGCAUUCGGUCAAAGCCAAAACCCAGCCAGCUGUCAAGAACAUGUACCGCUCGGCCAAGAGCGGCUUGAAGGGCAUGCAGAGCUUACUGGUGUACAAGGACGGGGACUCCGGCAUGCACAGGGUGGGCUCCCUGAGGGCCCCGGCCCGCACUAGCCGCUCAGAGCGCCUGCAGCAGCGCCUGCCUAUCACCCCACACUUCGGACAGAACCGGCCCCUGCGCCCCAGCAGGAGGCUCAGGCUGAAAGAGCAAACUUCUGAGUCCCCAGGAGAGAGGUCACCCCCUGGGAGCCCUGAGGAUGCCCACGGCCUGUGGCCAGAGGAAACCCUGGACAGCAGCUUUUUGGGUUCCGGGGAGGAACUGGAUUUGCUGAGCGAGAUUCUGGACAGUCUAAGCGUAGAGACCAAGAGUGCAAGCAGCCUGCGGCCCAGCCAGAGCUUAGACUGCUGUCACCAAGGUGACCUGGACACCUGCUUCAGCCUGGUGAGAGCCCCCACAGCCAAGCCUCCCCCACCCGCUCAUCCUAACCGCCAGCUACCUUCCCAUCACCGCCCCUGCUCCACGCAGCCCAACAGACCCGGAAGAACCAGCUGGCAACCAGAGGACGAGACGGCACCAGAGCUCCAGCCCCUCUCCCUGCCUGCGGACUUGCCGUCCCUGCAAAUCAGCCCGCCUCUGGACGCCACAAGCUCCCCCCAGAACACCAGUCCUCAGCUGUCCCCCGAGGCCAACCAAGGAGCCAUGCUUCCGUCCGAGUCUUCCACAGCCACUGCAGACCUGAGCACCAAAGGGGGCCCCAAAUCCUCUCCUGCUCCUGAGCCCGUGAACCUUCUGGCUGGCCCUCCCCACAAGGUGGCCGAGGGUCCCAGAGCCCAGCACCACCCAGGCUCCAGGCUCUCGGCAGUGCCCACCCAGCCCAGCCCUCCAGAAAGCGUCCAACUUCCGAUCCCCACAAAACCCACCUCCGACACUACCUGGACAUCCCAUUCGCUUGAUUCUCCCCCAGACCCCAGUUCUCCAGAGAACCCCGGAGCCCAGCUUCCCCAGGUCCUGCUACAGCAUGUUCAGUUCCAACUACCCGAGGAGCAGGGAGCCCCUGAUCCCCCUGCUUCCCCCACCAGCAGCUGGCGAGAGCCCCCGGCUGGAAGGCGGCCCCGAGUCGCUGAUCUAAAGAAGUGUUUUGAGAGUUAAAGAUCAGGCGUCUGGAAGAAACCCCAGUCCCUAAUAAAACCAUACAGAGCCUAAA